UUUUCCCCUCAGUUAUCAUCAGUCCGUCGCGUCGCUCGCAUCGCUUUAAGAGGCGGAUCAGAUCAGGCCCCCGUGCGGCAGCAUUUCGAAAAGGAAACAACGCGCCAAAAAUAAGAACAGAACUCUGUUUUAGAACACUCGUAAUCGCACUCGAGUCCCCCAGAAAACUCCGAGGGCUGCAACGCCGCAACGUAGAGGAAACAUAGAGCUCAGCAAUGGCCACACAGCAAACGAAAUCACAGGACGAGCUGACAUCGGCCCGCGCCCUGGUGACCAAGCAGCCGGACAUCGCCAUCAAGAAGGCAGAGAACGAAGAGCAGGAGGAUGAGGAGCAAAUCGAAGAGGCGGCUGUUGUGGUGCCACCGGACAGCGGCUGGGCCUGGGUGGUGAUGGUGGCCUCCUUCCUUUGCUGCACCGUAAUCGACGGCAUAGUCUUCUGCUCCCCACUGAUUCAGCAGCAGCUCAUGGCGGAGUUCCACGUGAGCAAGGCGUACGUGUCGUUUGUCUCGUCGCUGCUCAGUGGAUGCUACCUAAUGGCCGGUCCCUUUGUAAGCGCCCUGGCGAAUCGGUUCGGCUUCCGCGCAGUGACCAUAACCGGAGCCAUCUUUGCUGGCAUCUGCUUCGGGCUCUCGUACUUCGCCACCAGCGUGGAGUUCCUGUUUAUCAUAUACGGCGUGCUGGGCGGCAUCGGCUUCUGCAUGGUCUACAUCCCGGCGGUGGUAAUCAUUGGCUUCUACUUCGAGAAGUGGCGUGCCCUAGCCACAGGCGUCGCCAUGUGCGGCUCCGGCGUGGGCACUUUUGUGUUUGCGCCGCUGACCAAGACUAUGCUUGAGACGGGCUGGCGCCAUACUCUGGCUAUUCAGGGCAUCAUUGUGAUGUCCUGCGCACUAUUCGGUCUGGCCUUCCGACCCAUCCAGCCGAUCACCCUGUCGGCGACCAAUGAGGAGGCUGGCGACGAGCAGGAGAAGAGCAAGCUCAACGGCCACGGCAACACAGUGGCUCCCACGCCCCAGCUCCACCAGGCGGCCUUCACCAAGCCGCUGCCCGAGGGUCGCUUCGCCUAUUCCAUGCCCAAUUCUGCCCACAACACAUACAUGGGCGCUUCGCAGCGCAACCACUACCCCACCGCCCAGGAGAUCUUCAAGGGCAUGAACCUGGAGCGUCGUCCCUCGGGCACGGCGGCCGGCAGCAAGGGCACCGAACUGAAGGCGCUGCGCAAGUCGCAGCCGACGACACCCAACGGGGAUCCGCAGCAGCUGACCUUCAACCUGCACAAGGAGCUGACGACGGUGGGCGAGAACGAGGAGGAAGCAGAGAACGAUAACCUGUUGGAGACGGAUGCCAAGUCAGUGACCAUUCAGGCUCGCCGCCACACAGUCUCCGGACGUCGGCCCCAGGACCUGGCCAAGCGUGCCGCAGCCGCCGCCGCCGGCAACGAUGGCCAUCACGGACAGGCCACAUCCUCGUCGAGGCCCAUGUACAGGGACGACAUCUUCUUCUCCGGCUCGCUCACCAGGAUCCCGCAAUACCAGUCCCAGACCUCGCUGGCCUACCACAUGUCCGUCACGCGCCUGCCAACCAAGCAGGACAUGCUGCAGGACCGGCAGAAGGGAUGCCGCAUCUGCCCGGAGGCGGUGCGUCGCACCCUGGCUACAAUGCUCGACACCAGCCUGCUGAAGUCCGCGUCUUUCAUGUGCCUGGCAGUCAGUGGCUUCCUGACAAUGAUGGGCUUCUUUGUGCCCUUCAGCUUCGUGCAGGACCGUGCUGUCCACGCGGGAAUGACCCAGGAUCAGGGCACCGCUAUACUUUCUGCCAUUGGCCUAGUCAACACCUUCGCUAGGAUCGUUUGCGGCUCCAUCAGCUCCUUUCCUGCCGUCAAGCCACUUUGGCUGAACAACUUCGCCUUGACCGCCGGCGGCGUUGCAACCAUUUUCAGCGGCGUGGUCAUCAAUACCACCAGCCAAUGGAUCUUUGCCUUAUUCUUCGGCGUCUGCAUUGCCUGCUUCUCGGCGCUGCGAUCGCUAAUUGCCGUCGAACUGAUUGGACUCGAGAAGCUGACUAAUGCCUACGGAUUCCUUAUGCUCUUCCAGGGCCUGGCGGCCACUUUCGGCACCCCCAUUGCAGGCGCCCUGUACGAAGCGACCCAGAGCUACGACAUGGCAUUCUACUUUGCCGGUGGCCUCAUCCUGCUGUCCGCCUUCCUUUGCUACCCCCUCACCUACGUGGCCAGGUGGGAGCAGGGACGCAACGAGAAGAUCACCCCCCUGCCGGCAGCAUAGACAGCAUUAACCGCCAGACAACGAGGCGUCCGUCGACGUCACAACAGAUACAACUUCUGAUACGAGCACGGGCCGCGCGCGCCUCUGCUGCUGCUGCUCGGAUCCAACAAUAAUUGCCAAUCACUCGAUGUUAAGAUCGAUGUCCAUGUCCAUGUCGAUGUCGAUGGGGGUGGAGACUGCGGAGGCGCUGAGCAGGUGACAGGGAACAGCCCUGAAGCGUGGCGUUCCGCAAGUACUUGAUACGUUAAGAUUAGACUAAGUGUAAUGUUCGUGCCUUCAGCCUUAUCGAGUGCCUCACACAGAUACACACAUACACCCAUAUAACAACAAGCACAGUACGUCUGCAGCGUGGUGGAGUAGUUACUACGCCUUUCUAUAAGCUUUAGAUCCGUGGAGUGGAGUUGACAACGUUGAACUAGAAUUUAGUGGCUAUGCAAUGCAUAAGCGAGAAGAGUAGAGGAGAGGAGAGCCUAAAACAUUAUUAAUAUUAUUAUGAUAGCUGUAAGCAGCUGUGUGCACAUGGCUAUGGCUGGGCCACAAGUCGACUGCCAAGUUAAGAAUCGUUUGUUCAGUUAUUUAACAUGAUGUAUAAUAUGAUAGAGAAUGUGAACCAUGAAGUUCAUGAAGCUAGUAACAGACGAAGCAUUUGUUUAUUUUAUAAGAGAUACUGCAGCUCUGUGGUUGUACUAUCCGUUGUUUCCUAGCCUAGCCUGUACAUACGAGUAGAUGUAGAUACAUAUACAUUUAUCAAUCAAUCAAACCGAGCGACCGGUCGUGGGGUGAAUGCACUUCGACGCUGCAUUCGUUUGAUUGUGGACAGAGCAAAUAAACAAACGAUGAGGCAUCUAUGAAUAUGGAACAAGUGCCCUUCUGCCGGUGUGCUCUUAAUCAAACAGACUUAUAUACUACCUGCGGAGACAGAUAAACGGAUACACACCACACGGACCGCUACAUACUCAAGCACGUUUACGUCUUCUAUCAAUUACAAUUAAAACCUUAUUAUUUCGUAUUACAUUUAAAUGAAUGAUGAUAUAAUACGAGUGCAAGAAAACAAUAAAAACGAUUUGAGUAAUACAAA